UUGAGAGCAGGAAUUAUGGCCGUCGUGAUGCAGACGGAGGACUUUCCUUACUUACCUUCGGGGCCGGCGGAGGUAAAUAAGAUGAUAAAAGAGCACGGCGACCUGUUUUCUGACUCCCAGUGUAAAGUCUGCAGUGCUGUCCUAAUUUCUGAGUCUCAGAAGUUGACUCAUUAUCAGAGCAAGAAACAUGCCAACAAAGUGAGACGUUAUCUUUCCAUCCAAAAUGAGAAGGAGCCAGCGCUCAAAAAGUUAAAGUCGUCGUCAUCUGACAGUCAGGACUGUAACAACGGAGACACUGAUCGGUCUAAGGUGUGUCACGUAUGUAAUAUGACCUUCUCCUCUCCUGUGGUGGCUGAGUCUCACUACCAGGGCAAAGUUCAUGCCAAGAACCUGAGGCUGAAAACCGUCGGGCCCCAGACCCCAGCAGUAGCUUCCCAAACAAUCCCAACAGCUCAGCCGAAGAAGAAACCUGCAGACGAUUUGAGUGCUGUGCCGGCAACAGGCAACAACGACAACAACAACCCGGACCGUUUCUGCUCCAUCUGCCAGGCAUCAUUCAACAACCCACUCAUGGCCCAACAGCACUACGUCGGCAAGAAACACAGAAAACAGAUGACCAAGCUCAAACUGAUGGAGACGUACGGCCCCUCCACAGCACCAGCUUCCACGCUAAAGGGCUACCCAUGUACCAUCUGCAAUAUUGAACUUAACUCUGUGGAGCAGUACCAGUCUCAUAUCAGUGGUGCCAAACAUAAGAACCAAAUGAAGAAAUCAGGCCUAAACACUGCAGAGAACCAACACACAGCAGAACAGUCGUACGGGAGCGACAAUCAGUACGCCGGCAGAGACAACCAGUACACUGCUGCAGACAACCAGUAUGCCCCCGGGGAUGACCAGUACACAGCCGGAGAUAACCAAUACACUCCUGAGGACACAGAGUACUCAGAGGAGUACCAGUAUACUUGAAGCUGGACUUGGAGGGACUGCAGAGGUUUUAGUCAGGACUUGGAAUGACAACAACCAGCCCCUUUAACACAUUAACAAACCAUCAGCCUCCAUGGACCUUCAGCUCCUGUCAGAGUCUCUUGUCAGUAGGUAUUCCCCUGGAACAGAGUCAUCUAAACCACGGGUGUGAACCCUGGAUUACCCCAAAGUGGUAUUUUACCAUAUUGGGUUCCCAGCUGAAACAGUGAAAGAAUGUUGUUUUUAUUUAUUUUUUAUUUUAUUUUCUCAUAAUGGAAGGAGUUUUUAUGCGUGGGGCGAAAUGAGUGGAAGUGGGUAUACCCUUUGAUGUGUGAUCAUGGGUUCAUCAGUGCCGCAGCUAUACCCCCGGCCACUGUAAAGAAUGUCUUUGAGGGUUCAACUGACCUCUACUUCUGUUACAAACUUGUGUACUGACUAAAAACCGUUCUUCGUGCCGAUGUACAUUAGGGCUGGGUAUUAUCUGAAAUUUGUCAGUACUGGCUCUGAGGUUUGUUUCAAGACCUUACUUUCAAAACAAUAAUGUUUUAAUAUAAAUGUAUAAUUUUUUUUAUUUAAGUGUAAACACAAAACACUGUUUAAAAUUUGUAUUUUAAUGAGUAAAUAUUUUAUCAGCGAUUAAGUAAAUAAGACAACAAACCUGACCAGACAUUUUAUGCCAACUUUGAGUAUGUCAGUGCUACUGUCAGACACAUUUUGGCUGGUACCAAAAAAGUACUGACCUUCAAAACCCAGCCUUAGUGUACAUACAUCAAAAUAAUAAUAAGAGAAGGUCUAAAUCCUGUUAUUAAACUUUAUUUAAAGUUUGGUUUGAUGCAUCAGGCAGACACAGUAAAGUUAUUUAAUUGUUUAGCCUCUACUAACAUCUUACCAGUACUAACGUCUAAUACCAGAGCCACAUGUGAUCAGUGUCAAUUCAAAGCAAAGCUGCUAUCCAGUUCACAACUCUAGUUCACCUGAAUAUAGUUGGUUUACAUCUCCAGUGAAUGUAUUUGAAACAUGUCCUCACCUCAUUUCUUUGCUUUUUCCAUGUUUGAUUAUUUCUAAAUCUGGUGUUGAAGAUGCAGACUUUGGAAAAGAAGUCAAGAAGAAGAAGUCAAACUUUUGCAAAGCCAGAUCAGUCACUGUAGCCAGUUUUGAUAAUAUCAUUGCUGUCUAUACAGAGGGACAACAAAAAACAAUCUAAGCCUUUCUGUCUAGAUAAAUCUAUUUUAGCUGAAUUUUAAGAGAAGUUGCUUUUUAUAGUUUUUUUUCUCUCCUCUAUUUUUAUUUAAAGCUGAAAUAUCUUCAGUUUGUUGAAAUGUUUGCUUGUUUCUGUGUGAAUCACAGUCUUUUAAUGUGGCAGUCUCGAAGGAGCUGAUACUUCCUUUCAGGUGGCCCAGUUUUACAGUUUUUACAUUUUACUUAUUAAGUACAGCAAUUUUUCACUGUAAAAACACAGCCUGAAGUUUGGUAAAACUUACUAAAGAUCUUUUCAGAUUGGUCAACCAUUUGCUGUUUUGCUGUCUUGCUGUAAGACAUUUUAUUUCCUUAACAAGUAUAGGCUACAUAACAGAGGAGUAAAAUAUUUUACUAUAGGACACUAAAAAUGACGUGACAGUGGAAACUAUCAGGCGCUUAUCAUUAAUUGAUGAAAGACACAGAUGUUGAUGAAAAAGGUUACAGGUCACAAACCUGUGAGAGCCUCCUGUUAAGUUUUCAAACCCCAAGCUGUCAAUCAUUAUCGUUGUCUAGUAUUUUGUAGAGGUUGAUGUCAUUUUUAUAUAAAAAAAAUAAUUUUCUUUUAAUUUUUCAGCCUGGACAGUUUCAAUUACAAAAUGGAGAUGAAAGGGAUUAUGAUGAAAAAUAUUAGUAUUAUCCUCACAUUUCAAAUGCAGUGGAACUAUAACAGCUGUGGGCUCAUGAAAAUAUAAGCUUUUUUUGUACUAUUGAGUUCAAUUCUUGGUUUACUGAAGGGUGCAAGAUUUUUAAAUACUUUUCCCUUUUGGCUGUCAAGAGUGGGACUCUGUAAACUCUUGAGGAGACUGAUUUGUUUUCUGAGCUCUGUAAUUACUGUCAAUAGCAGAGAUGACAAUAUUUACCGCAGAGAUUUUCAAGAGUGAUGUCAAAUUAGAAAGUGAUGUCAAUAUUAGAAUAACAAAAGCAUUUUUUUUAUUCCAUUUGUCCUCAUUAAAGAUGACUGGCUGAAUAUUUUAGUAUUGAAUGUCUUCAACUUUCUGGCUAAGGACUUUUUUUUUGGAUGUAAUUUAUACCAAGAGGGCUCAUACAUACUGUAUCGUACAUGGUGUAUAAAAGAGAAAUGGCCUUUUUGUUUUUAGUCCUCAUGCUUUGUGUGUUAGGUGUUCUGUGAAUAAGAUUUACUUUCAGUAUAAGUUGUGUAUACUUGAGGGAAAAAAAUGCCGUGAAGAUGUGCGUUAAGUAAAGAAAUGUUUUAAGAGAG